ACAGAAGCACUGUUGCAAUUGAAAGAAAAAUAUGUUGAAACAUUGCAAAAAGAAAAAGAUAUUACACAUAAGAUUGUUUCGUUAUGGUGUGAUAUAGAAAUGGUUAGAGAAAAGAAAAGGUGUAUUGAAACUCAUCAUGUUCUUGAUGUAACAAAGAAAAGGCUAUCUGAAAAAGAAUUUGAGAAAGAGUGGAAUGAAGUUUUUAAUGAGGAAUUCUCGGAUUUGCUUGAUAAAUUAGAGUAUGAGUAUGCGACGAAAUAUUUAGAAUACAAAGAAGAAAAGUGUACACUGAAUUUGGAUGAUUCUGCCAAGAGAAGGAUUAGAAAACCAAAAUUGGAAAUAGACGAGGAAGCUUUAAAAGAAGAAGUGGAAGAGGAAAAUGUUAUAUCUGAAGCUGGGAAACUUAAUGAAAAACUAUACAAAAACGAAUAUUAUUUUGAAAUCUACGUUGACAAUGUUUUUGUAUGUGAAUCUGAUCACUUUAUGCCUAAAAAUGACAAAAUCACUGAAAUAGAAUUCGUAGAAUCAUUCUCAGUACAAAUUUUAUCUAAUAAUACUAUAUUGAUAUUACUGUUAAAAGAAAACGGUAAAGAAGUAGCAGAGUUAAAAUUAGACUUGGCUAAUUUAAAAAAAAGUAAUAAUAAGAAUUCACAAUUCAUUGCACAUAAUUUGGUUUACAAUUUAAUUGUUGAGCCAAAUGCAAAAAUUGUUGGCUGUGGAUAUAACAUUAAAGAAAUAGCUUCUAAAAACGAAGUGAGACUGAAAAGUAGUAGUUUGUUUAAGGGUAAUUUGUACACCAAUUGCGAAACAAGACUCAAGAUUGGUUGGAAUGAUAAACUUGGUCAAAACAAAGAUGAGGAACUAAAAUCCUUGAUGGAAAUUGGAAGACAACUGAAAAGAUUAAUACAUGGAACAGAUAAACCCAAUAUGGAUUUACUUAUUGAUAUUAUAAACAAGCUUUACGAUAGAGAUGUUAGCAAUGAUGAGAAUGUAAUUAACAUACUACGAAAUAUCUGUAAAACUGAAAUAUAUGAAGAUGAGACCUUCUCUAUCGACGAAAAUAGUCCAGAAUACAUACGAUUGAAACUUCUUCAUUUAAGGAACAACGGAGAAUUGACAAAUGUAGAAAAUAAGCUAAUUCCCAUACAUGCAAGUCAAAUAUCGACAGAACUACUUAAUUGCUUACAAAACAAUCAUAAUGAUUUUGAUGUUCAAUAUUUCUCUGAUAAGUACGUUGAUAUGGAUCCGAUAGAACUACAGCGGUUUAUUAGCGCUCAAUACGUGCGGAAGUUGAAUAAGAACAUGUUGAAGAAUUUGAAUGAGUAUCUCUUGAGAAAGACUAAUAAAGAUGUCGUACGAGAUUUCAAGGAUUUAAGUUUGAGGUCCCUGUUCACAAACCACUCGACCCUAGCGACUCUGGCGACUAUAUCCAACGGGGCAAAGCAACUGUUGCUCAAUGAAAGCUUGUGUAAGGAACAGGAGAUCAGAAUCACUGUGCACCGAGCGUUCAACUUAUGCGACAGAAGUGCAGCGAUUUUGGACGGUGACGAGUAUGAUGAUCAGAUUGCUGGCUUCAAGGUUCGUCCGUUGCGUCCAUUUGUGCGCCUGAGUUACCACGGAAUUAGUGUUCAGACUGCUACUGCUAUUGGUUGCCAUCCCACAUGGAACCAAACUUUAAAAAUUUGCACUAGGCUUGACCCUCUCUCCAACAUUCAAAUAAACAUCUACGACGAAAAUAAGGCCAACAUCUCCGAUAUGUCAGAUGAGGAGCGUAAGACGGUCCAUUAUCGAUUUUACAACAAGUGGAUCGGUGCAAUGCAGGUACCACUCUACGAUGUGCUUAGUUUGGGAUCGCUCUGCGUCACUAACAAAAUAUCAUCACCACCAAUAAUCUUUGGGUACGAAAAUCCAUUCCAAUCGAAAGACAGUGCACAAUCUUUAAUACCAGAAGUAAAUCAGCUUAUGAAAAAGGACGCUUCAUUCCUCUCCAUUCAUAUAACUUCAAGUCUUUCACAUUUAGGUGGAUUAAAUGGCUACGGUCAACCUAUACCUAAUUCGGAUGAUGACUACCUCGUAAAUCAUUUAAACAACUUUGUCAGUGAAUAUAAGAACGAUUUUCCGUCCCGGAAUAUAUCUUUAGCGUUCAUAGAUAGCUCAGGAAGGAAUAAAUGUGUGACGCAGUUUUUACAACCAAUUCUUUUACCGGAAAUAGAAUGGUUUCCAAAAAAUCCAAAGGUUCGAACUGAAUCUGCAUUGUCUAAGAGCUCGGGAAAAAGUUCGUCCUCAAAAAGUAGUGGACGAAGGAAGGAAGAGAGUGGAGAAGAAAAAGAAUCAAUCUACAGUACAGUAAGCUGGAGAAACGGAGAAAGCCAGCUGUCGAAACUGAUGAAUGCGUGCGUUAGAUACGUCUCUCUGAUACCCACCUAUGAUGUUAUUGAGACACAUAGUGUCACACUUAUGGGUGUGGAACUACUAAAGGUCCUAUAUGGGUCGCCACUAGAGCAUACAAUCCUGUUAGCCAGCUUUUUCCUUCAGUUGGGCGUUCGUUGUUGGUUGGCCGCAACCAACCUGAGACGUUAUACCGCCUAUCUUCUUACUAGAUACGACCUCACUACACGAAACGUACUCCUCAACGAUGAAAUGCGUAGUCGUGGAUUCUUGAACAGGAACGAUGGGUACAUCUGGCACGUAUACGACGCGGUUAGCGGGGAGCGAACUGAACUCAGGGAUGUCGCCUGCCCACUCAAGACUGUGGAUUUCGUCUUUGAUAAUGAUAACAUAUGGGUGAAUGUUCAAUCGUCUCAAGACUGCGAAAGUAUGUCGUUCGACUUUACCAGAACGUCCGAUUGGCAACCAGUAUUCGAUAAAACAGUGUUCGUGAUGAAGCUGCCUGUGGCAUCAGAAGUAGGGCUGUACAGUCCCCCAGCUGAUGUGGAGCGAUUGAGGCAAAUGCUCGAGACGAAGAUCAAGGAGAAAGUGCAGAAGUGGAGGUCGCACAUGAAGACUAUUUGGAACAGGUACUGCAAUAGUUUGCUUAAAGAAGCGCUUCCGCACUGGGAGUACUGGACGUUUAAUCCUUCAGAACCCAAGCCCGUGCUCAGCCAGCGUCUUAAACAACUAAUGGUGUCCUAUAAGAUGUUCGGCUUCCCGCUAAACUUACCUUACGUGAACACGAAAUCAGUAAUAUCGACUGUCAAGGCUACAGCGGUACACGUGUGUGACGACCCUAACGUCGAGUUUGGGCUGGCCGUUGAGAUGUACGCGUACCCCAACAAUGUGAUUAGUGUCUGGGUGUUUCUUGUUAGUAUUACUCGAUUGUAAAUGGGUCUUCGCCAUUUCAAUGCGGACAACGGGUGUAAUUUGACUCGUGACUCUUUCUGGUAAGGGAUACAUUGUCUUCCAGCAAUAAAACUUGCGAUGGGCAUAAUUUGGCUUGAAACUUUCAAAUCAGAGAUCGAUCGACUUCAAGCAAUAGAGCUUGCGAUGGAUAUAAUUUGGUCUGAGACUCUUUUUUAUUAAAAGAUCGAUCGA